CAAAGGGGAGCGUACCAUACUCCAUAUAUGCGCUAGAGUCAGGUCACAACACCAGCAAGUUGCCAUGGUAGAGGCUGGCACGGUACCUUUACCGGGUCCAUUGCCCAUCUCAGCAUCUGGGCCGCCUUUCUCCUCUUUGCCCCCAGGCCUCUCACCCUGGAUACUGGAGCACCUUGCCUCCCUCUCCUUCCAUACGUCCACGCCGGUGCAGGCGUCGACCAUUCCGCUGCUACUCAAGCACAAGGACGUCAUCGUAGAGGCAGUGACGGGUAGCGGAAAGACACUGGCAUAUCUUCUGCCGCUUCUGGAACUCGUCAGAAAGCAGCCGGGCUCAGCCAACGGUGCAACAGCGGAAGAAGACACAAUUGCCGGGGACAGAGAUGAUGGCAUCAAGGCUCUCAUCCUCUUGCCUACAAGAGAGCUCGCGAUCCAGGUUCAUACCGUUCUCUUGUCUCUAAUAGAGUCUGCGCCGACCUCAGUCAGCUCUUAUGUCCGACCACAGCUCGUGGUGGGAGGCGGUAAGACUCGGCAUCAUGCUGCUCCUGAGCGGGGCGAGGAUGAGGAGGACGAUGGAGUGGGAGGAUCCAACACGCCCCAGCAGGACUUUGCGAGGCUGAGAAAAGAGAGGAACAAUGUCAUUGUUGGCACGCCCGGACGAGUGGAAGGUCUAUUCAGCAAGGGCAUCAUCAAGGGCAAGGCAAAGACCAUGGAACUUCUUGUCCUCGAUGAGGCUGAUCGUCUGCUGGACCUCGGCUUUCUGCCAUCUCUCACAUCCAUCCUCGCUGCUCUCCCAAAGCAAAGGCGGACGGCCCUCUUCUCUGCAACCAUGACCGAUGCCCUUGACCAGCUCGUCAGGCUGGGCCUUCGCAAUCCAGUGCGCAUCACUGUGCGAGUGGAGAUGAAGAAGAAACUUCUGGCGAACGGCAAAGCUAGCGCAGGGGCGGCUGCCAGCUCAGAAACCACAGCCCGCAUACCCGCAUCUUUACAGAAUUUCUUCCUCGUCUCUCCUCGCGAGGACAAAGUCUCUCAGCUGGUACGUCUGCUGCAGCACGAGCCUCAGCAGUACUUCACGCAGAAGAUCGUCGUCUUCUUUGCCACCUGCGCCCAAGUAGAGUACUUCUUCAAGGUCCUCUCUACGAUUCCGCAGCUUCGACAUUGUCGUCUGUAUUCUCUGCAUGGCCGACAGAACCCCACACGCAGGACCAAGGCGUUCAACUCCUUUAUGAACGAUAUGCCGGGCGUUGGCUCUUCCUCCAAUGCAGACUUAGCUACCAGCGCCUCGGUCCUCCUCUGCACAGAUGUUGCCUCGCGAGGGCUCGAUCUGCCCAACCUGGAUCUGGUCAUCCAAUUCGACCCGCCGCAGGACCCAAACCUCUUCAAUCACCGUAUCGGUAGGACAGCUCGUGCUGGCAAGUCGGGACGAGCCGUCUGCCUACUGGCACAAGGAAGCGAAGAAAGCUACAUCGACUUCCUGCGACUGAGAGGCGUGCGAGGGGAGCGGUAUAUCUUCCCAGCUCAAGACAAAAUCGCCUCGGUAGGAAGUGGAAGCAAGUCACUCGCAUCGCUCACUCCCUCGCUGCGAGCUCAGAAUCUUGCAGACCUCGCCACGCACGACCUCUUCAAGCUGGCGCUGGUGAGCUUUGUCAGGGCUUACGGCAAGCACGAAGCCAGCUACAUCUUCCCCAAGAAGGACCUCGAUGCCGAGCUACCACAGAUGGCGCGCAGCUGGGGUGGUGUCCGACUCCCGAAGAUGGGAGAGCUCAGGAAGAGCUCCAAGAGCGCCGGCGGCGCAGAGGGAGUCGACGUCUUGGGUGACUCGGAGGGCUGGCUAGAUGGGAAGGUAGACGAGGCUACAUGGGCCUACAAGGACCCCGCCAAGGAGAAGGCUCGCGUCCUUAAGCUGACCAACCCCAAGGCUCCAAAGGCCAGAACAGCCGCCGCCUCACUCGACUCGGGCGUGAAUCCGGACGCAGAAGCUCCAGUAUCGACUGCCAUUGACGAGGAGGAGGCUCCUCCUGCUACUGCCUCAUCCUCUACUGCAUCGCACCGUAAACGCAUGCGCGGCGCCGAGGAGAGUGCGCAAGGUGCCUGGUCUAAGCAAAAAGCUUCCAAGGACCGGCGUGAUGAGCGCAAGGAGAAGAAGAAGCGCAAGAAGCUCGCCAUUGAGCGUGCGCAUCAGGAAGCUCUUUCUCUCAAGGAGAAGAUGCAGGAGGAAGAAGAAGGAGAUGAAGAGAUUGCAGAGGAGGAGAGGGCUAUCAGGAGGGAGAGGAGAAUGAAGAGGCGUGAGAUGGAUCGGAUUGCUGGAGAGAGGAGCUCGAGGGGGGAGAAUGCCGUGGGCCUUGAUGGGGAUGGAGGGCUCGAAUUUGGUAGUGGUGGAGAGAGUGAUGCUGCUGGGGAAGGGGGUGGAGCAGGGGACAAUGACGCGGGCUUCUUUGACGACAUGUGACGAGGCGCAUACCAUAGCCUUCAAUAUGACCUCGACCUCAACCUCGCUACCUCGUUCCACAUCACAUCGCAUUCUUUGUCUCAGAUAGUGUCUAUCGACUGCACAGAUAUGUUUGGAUUGCUCUAAGAGAACUCAGACAGACAGU